UAUCAAGUGAAACUAACUGUAAAAUGUUGUAAUGUCUCCAUUCUGGAGAAAGUGAGACACUUUCAUUAAAUAGAACCAGGCUAAAAUAAUGUUUCUUGCACUCCAAGUAUAGCUUGAAACCCGUCAAGAAACACAGGUAAACUUCUUCACGCAGCAUGUCCUAUAAAUAAGAAUUCACGCAGCAUUUCCUGUAAACAAUAACCAAAAUAUAUUUCCACAUGUCAUGCAAUGUUUAUUUAUUUUAUUAGGCUAUAAACACGGAUACUGUGAUUCAUGAUCUAUUGCCACACAUGACAGUUCACAAACCUGACAAGUGUUUCAGUUUGAACGUCAGAACCUCGAGUGUAAAGUCUUGGCCAACAAUGACAGCAUACUUAUCAUUCUGCAUACUCUCUAUUUAGUCUUACCAUUGUUUUCUAUAAGGGCCUGGGACAUGAUUUCCUUCUACCAGUCUUAAGUUAGCGCUUUUUUUCAUUUGGUUGAAUUGGACCUGUGUUUUUUCCUGUUAUUGUUCAUUUAUAGAACUGUCUCCUGUCUCGACACUACGGUCUGUUAACUUGGCCGUUUCCUAUUUUACAUCCUCCCAUACAUAAAUUAUGAUAUUCUGCUGCUGAUAAUGAAAGCCUCACACAAAGAACUUUUUUUUAUUAUAAUAACGUCUUUAUUCAUUUAUUUUCUACAAACUGCUGACUUUGCUCUGAGAUAAGACAGCUAUUAUUUGAUUUUAGUAACGCCCCGGCUCGCUUUGGUGCGCCAGAAUGUGAAAAAAGUAGUUUGUAGAUUUCUUCUAAGUGUGGAGCUGUGAUGUAAUGUGUCCGCAGGUAUAAAUAUAGAGGCAUGGCUGCACAGCGUUCAUGCAGAUCAAUGUCGCUCCGACGCUGAAGCCAGUGCGCCUGUCGGUCUGGGAAUGAGCGCAACUUCCACACGCUCCUCUCUACCGCGUCGCUUCUUCUUCUUUUUAUUCUCGCUUCAUUGGAAAGGCAAACGCCGGGAGGCUGCUUUCAGAGCCAGACCCGGGAUGGGCUCUCUGGCGGCCCUGCGGACAGUUCUGGUCCUGGGCCUGGUGACCGGACUGGCGGGAUGCGCCCCCGGCUUGAACGGGACGGCGGACCGCUGGGAGGCCCUCUACUCCCGGUCCCUGGCGCGGAUCCCGGGGGAGAAGCGAGAGGAGAUCAGCCGGGACGGGGACUACCUCCUGGGCAUUAAAAGGCUGCGGCGUCUCUAUUGCAACGUGGGAAUCGGCUUUCAUAUUCAGGUGUUACCGGACGGUAGAAUAACGGGGGUGCACAACGAAAAUCGUUACAGUCUUCUGCAGAUCUCUCCGGUGGAGAGGGGAGUGGUGACUCUGCUUGGCGUUCGCAGCGGGCUCUUUGUGGCCAUGAACCGGCGAGGAAAGCUGUAUGGAUCUUUACACUACAACCACGAGUGCAAGUUCAGAGAGAAGCUCCUCGCUAACAACUACAACGCUUACGAGUCGGUGGCCUACCCGAGGAUGUACAUCGGCCUGAGUAAGAACGGCAAAACAAAAAGAGGAAACCGAGUGUCACCCGCCAUGACAGUGACACAUUUCUUGCCAAGAAUCUAGUAGCCUCAUAAAUAGACUUCACCUCAAUAUGGAGACAGAGAAGGGGGGCUCCAAACUAUGAUGCACUUUCACUCCAAGCUUUAUGCAAGUGUAUCAUAUUUGAUUUUUUUGCUAUGUAUAUAUUCAUUUUUUUAUUUAUGUUUAACUGCAGUUUUGUAUUUUUUUAGGAGGGUCUGUCUUUUCACUGGGGCGGGGAUCAGAGAUGCUAAAAAACGUUAUUUAUGUUUUCAUUUUUCUAAUUUAUCAGACAUAUGCUGCUACUGAAUGAACUCCUGUCUAUUCGGAUGUUGGUUUAUUUUGCACUGAUGAGAAAAUACGCAACAGUGCACUGGAGACAUUUGCUAUUUUUUAUAUUAUUUUUAACAAAACAGGACCUUUUUGAGUCUUAGCCUAAAAAAAGACAUGAGCCGUGAGUGUCUUUGGUGUCAGAAGUGGCACUGAUUGCCCAAUGCUCCGGCUCUUUUGUGUGGCA